CUCCCUUUCGCUUACAAGGAUACAGGGGCUUGCAUGGCGACACGGAGAAGGGGUCAUGAUGGAGAGACGCAGAGAGAAAGGGGGAGAGAGGAAAAAGGAACAAGACAGGGAGAACUGAGAGGAGCAUCUGAGAGGAUAACUGCCUGUUUGCUCACUCUUGUCUUCUUGCUCCCCCUUCUGUCCAUUCACUUCCACUCACAGCACAAACGCUCAGACAGAUAGGUAGGCACAAGCAGAGCUCAGAGCUCUGAGGGAUGGAUAAAAAGGUUCCCACGUGAAAGGCAUGAAUCCACGGGAGAAGAGGAGGGUGAGAUAGAAGAAGACGCAAAACCAGAGAGGAAAGGAGAAAGGGGGGGAGGAGGAGGAGGAAGAGGAGGAGGAGGAGGAGGAGGAGGAGAGGAAAAGGGAGUCAAGAGAGGAGCAGAUGGACUCUGCAUAGAGGAGAGGAAACGGUGUGAAGCUCACCGAGCAGCGUUGACAGAGAGGUGGGAAUAAAAGCAAACACGACCGCCAGAGGGAUGGAAGAAUGGGCUGAAGAGACGUGAAGGAAUAGCAGAGAAGAGGAGAACGAGCGUUUGUGGGAGACAGAGACAACACAGAGGGAAACAGGAAGAGAGAGAUGUGGAGAUCACGCCGUCUUCGACCAUGAGAGAAUGAGUCACUGACAGAGGAGCUGAGAAAAGAACGAAGCAGAGAGAGAAAGUGAUAAAAUCAAAAGGAAGAGAGGGAGAACAAAAAAAACAUUGAAACAGAUAGGUCAUUAUGGGGAAGUACGCAGGCCCUACCCAUACUUUGGCCAUCCAAUCUCCUGAGGGCCCAGGGGACAGAGCAGGUGGAGCAAGAGGGGCUGCCAACUAGAGAAGCCAAUGUGAUGGACACGGAGAGGAUGGACAGGCUGAAUUCCCAUCCUCCCUGCUCAUUUGUCGGUAACCUCUUCGGCUGCAUCAAGAGUUCAUCUCCCUGGAAAGUUAAAGGGAAAUGGGAAUAAGCAGCAAAAAGUGCACAACUUCAGAAGACAUGGAGCCGUAUGGACAGUUCUCACAUGCUCAUUUUAAAGAAUAAUUGAUGCUGCAUAUAUUUAUUUUUGUAUGAAGGUAAGAAUAAACCCAUAAGAUUCUUUGGGUUAGCAUUUAUCACAGUAUACACUUAAUUUUUACUUGCUGUGCUUAAUAUUACUACACCUUGAACUGUGAAUAUGGUAAUCCAUUCUUUCCAGAGGACAAUCCUAGUUGCAAAGGAAGUUCUUGGUGUAUAGAUUUGAGAUAAAUCGAGCAGCCGCACACAAUCCUAUAACAGCUGCAUCUGCUCUGUGAUGAAAGUAGAACUCAGUCAAUCAAUUGUACAGAUCUCUCACUGUUAUAAUGAAUCUAUAGUGAAAGGGAGAUCGCUUUCCUUGUUGACGCACUAACACAGCUAAGCCUUUACAACAUCAAGCUGCCUGCAGAGCCUGUGGAUGUUGGGGGUGCGAGAGAGACAAGAGAAAUGGUGAGCAAAGAGCCCAACCACUUGCUCACAGGCCAAACCAACGGCAAGAGCACCUUGGCGGACAAGUUGCCCGGGACAAUGACUGUGCGCUCUGUGCUGCUCAAUCGAGACUCCCCGGACAUUGAGAGCCGCCUCAAGCGGCGUCGAAACCGUACCCACCAGGUCCGCUUUAAAGACCUGGAGGAUGGCAGCAGCAGCAGUGGCAAUAGUGGAACAGGAGAAAACAAUAGCCAUCAGAGACCUGUCAAGGAUUGUGAUAGCCCACAUCCUCUUCGCAAACACAGCAGUAGGUCCCCCCAGCCAUGGAGUGACAGGGAUGGGCCACAUGCUGACGGUCUACCUGGUCAAACCUCUGUGGUGGGGGCUGUGCGUGGGGACAUGGCAAGUACUAUAGAGGUGGUGGCUGCUUUCUUAGCCAGGGCCCCUCCUCAUCCACUUACGCCGGGUCCUACACGUCGAUGCUGGGCACCCCCACAGGCUAACUCCCUAACCUUGCCAAUGACACGCAGGCCCAAUACGAGCACCAGCACAGCCAUCCAGACCUCCCCAUGUCUGAGAAAGCCCCAGUCCCUCUCUUCCACACACACACGUAGCCACAGCCUUGGGGACUCAGUGGGCAUAGAUGGGGAUGACGAACAUGACUCUCAAGAUGAGUACCUUACGCACAACCACGUGUUGCCGCCUGGGUCCAAGGAUCAGAAUGGUCCUCCUGGGCCUGGGGAUAGAACUGUGGUAGAACGGAGGUCUAAAGCCUCCAGGACAGACAUGAAAUCAGCUGUUAGUGUUGUAAAAAACUCAAGGCACAGUUGUCCUCCUUCAGGUCUUCACAACACUGAGCCAUGUCACUGUUCUUCUGUAUUUUGUCGAGAUGGCCCUAAGCGUCAGGGAAGCACCACUCCCUCUGUCGUUAGGAGGAGAAAGCGGCUAAAUAGGACAACAAGUGAUCCUGGGAAGGAAGUGCACUACUGCACUACUGUUACUCAGACUGAAAGCUCCAGUCCAUCCCCUAAACCCUUAAAUAGCAAGCUCUGCGCCACUCAAGUUCAAACUGAGAGCCCUUCCACACCUCUAAAUUCAAAGUAUUGCACGGCCCAAAGUCAAACAGAGAGUCAACAUCGGUAUUCACCUGUGAAUGAGAAACAAUGCACAACUCAAAUUAAAAUUACCAACUCUUGUCCAACCCUACCUCCAAAUGCUGAACAGUGCACCACUCAAAUACAAACAGACUUGUCCUGUCACUCUCCUGCAAAUCGUCAACCUUGCACUACCCAGACACAAACUUGCAGCCCUUGUGCUUCCCCACCUGCGAUAACAUCAUCCAACUCAAUGCAAAUUCAAUCUGAGAGUCCUGUAUCCCCAACUGCGACUCAAGACCCUCCCGACACUCGAAUAACUACUGUGCCUUACUGUCCCUCUCCCCCACCUACAAGUGCACCAACACAGACCCCUGAACACUGCACUAAGCCAUCUUGCUCCUCUCCAGCCAAGCCAGCAUGUACCACUCCACCCAAAGCACUAUCCAUUUCUAGCUCCACUUCUGAAUCUCCUGCUGUCCAACCUCCACCUAAAGCACGGUCCAUUUCUAGCUCCACUUCUGAAUCUCCUGUUGUCCAACCUCCACCCAAAGCACGGUCCAUUUCUAGCUCCACUUCUGAAUCCCCUGCUGUCCAACCUCCACCCAAAGCACGGCCCAUUUCUAGCUCCACUUCUGAAUCUCCUGUUGUCCAACCUCCACCUAAAGCACUGUCCAUUUCUAGCUCCACUUCUGAAUCUCCUGUUGUCCAACCUCCACCCAAAGAACUGUCCAUUUCUAGCUCCACUUCUGCAUUUCCUGUCGUCCAACACCCUAUUCCCUAUUAUACUGUUGUGUCACCACCAACAACCCCUAGUACAGCCGUUGUCUGCUCCAGUCCUUCCUCAGCUGCACCACCAUGCUCGAUCCAAAACUGCCCCUCUCCUGUCUUAAACAUAUCAUCAUUAGCUCCCUUAACCUGUUCCACCCCCAUUCCUGCUAUAACCGCCAAUGCAACUCCCCUUGACCCCACAAAACAUCCAACCACUGCCUCAAACGUAACACAUCAACCACCACACGAAGCAUCAAACACCACACCUCCAACAAAUCUAGCACCCUGUACAUUUGUAACUCAAACUGCUAUCUCUUGCACCUCUAUAUCAUAUUAUUCUACGACCCAUACAAUUGGUCCUCAUGCCCCUCACCUAAAUUCUACUUCACCUUCUUAUGCCACCCUUAUACAAACUGUAUCUCAUUGCAACAUCCCAUGUCAAGCUCUGCAAAAUACCUCUGCUGCUAACACAGGUAUAACCCCCUACACCUCCCCAGUCCCCAAAUUAAAAUCUUGCACUUCUCCGCCUCCACUUGUGACAACAUAUACGUCCACUCUUCCAAACGCACAACUGUGUGCAACACCAACAAAAGCUGUUCCUCUUUACUCUUCCACAUUUCGUGCUGCGCCGCCAUACACCCCUCCCUCUCAGGCCCCCUACAAUGCUCAGGAUAAGAGGGGCAUUCGACUUCCACCUCCACCCCCACCUCCUCCACCUUACACACCGCGCAAAAAGGGAAAUGAUCCACCAGGUCCUGCAAUCCGAACACCCAUGCUCAGGGCAGACAGCAAGGCCAGCAAGAAAGAUAAAGACAGGGAGGAGAAAAAGGAAGAUAUAAAAUGUACAGACUCACCCAAGCUCUGUGAGAGAGCCAGCUCUCUGAAGCACAGAGCUCAAACUCCGCCAGUUGCUGUGAUGAAGGGGGAGAAGCAGUCCUCCUCCUCCUCCUCUCCUGCCAAGGCCUGUUUUAAGCCCAGCUGUCUCAGCUCAGCCCAGGCUCAGCUUGGGGCACUACACAAAAUGCUCUGCUCAGGAGCCAACGCCAGGCCCAACACCCCCAACAGCCAACACCCACUCCCUCCAAACCAGCAGGGUUGCUCUGGAGACAGGAGAUGCUCUGCUUCUGGGGAGCGGCCUACAGCUGGGCCCCUGACUGCCACCCAGGCUGAUACACUGAGACAGGUCCAGGAAAUUCUGGGAGGGCUGGUGUCUGGGGCCAGGUGUAAAUUGGACCCAUCCAGGGUGACAGAAAAGCUCCUUAGUCCCAACGGACCCCUGCAUGAUAUUCGUAGUCUGCAGAACCAGCUCCACAGCCUGGAAGGGGUGCUGGAGACCAGCCAGAACACCAUUAAGGUCCUGCUGGAUGUCAUUCAGGACCUUGAGAAGAAGGAAGCAGAGAGAGACGGAAGGCAUUCCUACAGGACCGGACAGGACAUUGAGAACUGUGGGACCUGCAGGGACUGUGCGUGCAUCAUCUACAGUGUAGAGCAUGACUUUCGUCUGCAGGAAGGGCAGGUGGUACGCACAUGGAAGGUGGGCGACCCUCCCGAGGGGGGCUCGCCGCAGCCCGCCGCCCCCCAGCCAUCCACACCCCACCAACAGGACUCCCCUCAACCGGUGCGACCCCCUGCCGCUACCAAGAAGAACAGGAAGAAGUGUUUCUGGUUUCUCUGACUGCUCAAAGGACAUUUUGAUACUGCAAUGCACUGGAUACUGUUCUACGAUUGAUAAACUAUGGAGAUCUGUUUUUUUUUUUUUUUUUUUUUUUUUUUUAAACAAGCGUGGAAAGGACUGGAGAAUUAAAAUGCAAACAUCAAAACUGUGGGAGGACAAAAAAAGUUACAAAGGUUAUGAUUUUAGCUGUUGCUGUUGGAGUUGAUGAGAGUGGUUUGACUGGGGCACACAUGUUGUUACUGCUCUUAAAAUGCCUCUUCAGCACUUAUAGGUUUGAUACUGGCGAGGGGAAGUAAAAAUGCUGAAGUCAAAUAAAAGCAAAAGUUCAGUCCAUAAUAUGACUCACAGUUAGGAAGCAAUUAGGAGACAUAAAGAGAAUAUAUAGCGGGAGGAAGGGGGCAAAGGGGCAAAGUACAAGAGGCAAUACAGCAGAGAGGAUAGAGAAUAUUUAUAAAAGAUGAAACGAGGGGGAUGAUUCAUCUUCAUUAAUGGACUAAUGAGGGUCAGAACACCAGCUUUUAUAUCCAGAGUCAUUUAAAAAGAAUUAUUAUGACCUGUAUUUAAAACUUUUAAUAUACUGUAAUUGAUGAAAAACUACUACACAUGUCUACAUGCACAUACGGGACACACACAAACACAUACUUAUAUACAUAUUUACAUAAAAAGCAUAUAUAAAUUGAGAAAAUGAGUGAGUCGAGUUCUGUACAUAUCAGAGCUAUUCUGCUUGGAUGCUAUAUUUCAGAUAUGGAUUACUGCUCUAUAAAAGUAUUUUACCACA